AAAGAACGAUAUGAGGUGAAGGAACAAACUUUUAUCCUCAGCAUCUCAAAUCUACCUCCUCACCGGUCGCCAUCUUGCGCGCCUCCCCACAUCACUACACAUUGUGUCAGCUGACUGCUUUCUGUUUCUUUCAAUCAAGACGUCGGAAGGCAAGCAAUGUGUACCCGUGUCCAGCCCCUUGAGUGGACCACUGACUGUAAGAACCACAAUUAUGAUGGCAUAGUCUUGGUGACCCAGAGUUAUGACACGCUGCCCAAAGAGCUGGAUUGUUUGAAAGCACCACUACAGGACUAUAGCUCUGUGGACUGUGGCCUGAAAGAUGAGGUGGUGGUGUUGAAGGUUCCGGGGUUGCCUGGUAACCGCUUGGUGUUUGCAUCCACCGGGCCAGUUAACCGGGACUACGAUGAUGUCAGACGCUUCAGCGAUGCAGCUGUUAGUGGUAUCAAGAGGGCCUUGAAAGCAGGCAUGCAGCGACCCCUUUUGAUCUGCCCACGCCAUAGCAGCUAUGACAGGAGCACCUUAGUAGCAGCCCUAGGGGCUCUGCACGCACUUUACAUGCCGUUGGAGGUGAUGGAGGCAUCUAUAAAGAAUAGCCAGCAUAAGGUGUGUGUUUUGGGGCUGUGGGUGGACCAGGAUGCCAGUGGCGAGGAGUUGGUGAAUCUGGCCACUGCUCUGGAGAGUGGACGCCUGGCUUGCCGUGAUAUAGGAGGGUCAGAUCCUGAGCGGAUGGCUGCUCCUCUGGUAGCAGAGUACGUCCAAAACCUCUUCGAGAACAGCCCAGUGAAGGUGGAAGUGGUGAGUGAUCUGAAGGUCCUGGAGAAGGAGUAUCCCUGCCUGGCUGCUGUGAACCGAUGUGCCAGUGCUGUGCCCCGUCACCAGGCCAGAGUGAUCAAUCUGCAAUACUGUGGAGAAGGACCUGUCAAACAAACACUCAUGCUGGUUGGCAAGGGAAUCACCUAUGAUACAGGUGGAGCUGACAUCAAGGCUGGUGGCUUCAUGGCUGGCAUGCAUCGGGACAAGUGUGGCGCUGCUGCUGUGGCAGGAUUCUUUGAGGUCCUGGCUAAACUCAAACCCAAGCAUCUGAAGGUGGUGGGUGCUAUGGCAAUGGUGAGGAACAGCGUGGGCUCAGACUGUUACGUAGCUGAUGAGCUGGUGUUGUCCCGUGCGGGUCGCAGGAUCCGUGUAGGGAACACGGACGCUGAGGGGCGCAUGGUCAUGGUGGAUCUGCUCUGUGAGAUGAAAGAGAAGGCGGCCUUUGAGGUGUCUCCUCAGCUGUUUACCAUUGCCACUUUGACAGGACACGCCAUCAGAGCCAUGGGACCAAACUACUCUAUUAUCAUGGACAAUGGAGCUGCCCAUCGCUCCGGCAAUGCCCAGCAGUGGCAAAAAGCGGGUGAGUUGCUGGGUGAUCUGUUUGAGGUGUCCAGUAUCCGGCGUGAGGAUUAUGACUUCCAUAAGGGGAAGUCUGAGUAUGAGGAGAUUCUGCAGAGCAACAACCUUCCAUCUUCUGCAACCCCUCGUGGACAUCAGACCCCUGCUGCCUUUCUCAUCAUGGCCUCUGGACUUGACAAGCACGGUGUGGAUUCUGGCACUCCUCUGCCCUACUCUCACAUCGACAUUGCUGGCUCCAGUGGACCUUUUCCUGGUGUGCCCACUGGAGCUCCAAUCCUUGCCAUGGCUAGCAACUACAUCCUGCCCAGCGCCUAGGAACCCAACUACAUCCAACGCAGUGCCUAGCAACCUGAUAGAAAUAGAAUGUGUAAGAAUCCGUCCUGUGGGAAAUAUAAAAAACAUCUGAUAUAGUGCCAGUUAAUUUCAUUCAUUGCACAAAAGAUUCUAGAACAGGCACCUAUCAGUGCUGUGCUAUAUGCACUUUUCUGUCUAACCUUGUGUAAAAUGUUUGACAUCCAUUUCAAAGAUGAAUUACUAUAUUAAAUAUAUUCUCAGGGGAGAAAUCAAAUACAUUCUUUUGUUCAUCCAUCCAAAUGUGUGUAGGUGGGUGUGAACCUGGGGUGUGUGCACUAAAGGUUGCCCGACAUUAUCAAGUAUUUCAAUAAAAUACUUAAUUUGG